AUGACUGUUGACAUCAUUGACAACUCAACACUGUUGGCACGACUGGUCAGCUGCAUCUUCCGAAAACGCGUUGCAGAGGGCCCAGAACUGGGAUCGAAAUUUCUGGCGCUGCCGCCCGGUGCUUGCGAUGUCCUGGUGCCCUCCCGCCUUGCCGCUCUGGAGGGCGGGAAGCCUCUUGCGCCGUGGAAGCUCCUGGAAGAUCCGGAAACUCUUCCGGACCUCCCACCACCACCAGGAUUUCUGAAGAAAGGGAAAGGCAAAGGAAAAGGACAGACAGGACCUGGCCUGAAAGGUGGCCUGGGCAAGAGCAACUGGAUCGCAAGCUUCACGGGCCAGAAGGGUAUCGAGGGACCUGGCCGCGGUGGACAAAAGCAGGAGCCUUCGGUGCCUGCGGGGCCAAGAGGAGGGGCUUUGGCAGUCGGCCGGUUUGGAGUCGAAGAGAACCCA